AUGUUUCUUGAAAUUACUUUUAUGAUCAAAAUGAAAUCCUUAUAAAGACAAGCAAUUGAUUCACAAAAAAUCAAUCAAGAAACAUUCUUUAGGAUAUUCUUCAAAUCGACAAUCCAAAUUUUCAUCAGCCCAAAAGACUACCCGGUCGAAUAAAUCAUAGAACUCAGACAAAUCCAUUUAUUUAUUAUUUGA